GCUAGCUGGUGCGCGGACGAGUCGUCCGAUUGUUGUUUUGAGUAUAUAACCAGACUGCUGACACUUAAGCCGUGAAUUCACUACCAGACUUAUUAGUGUUACUACGGUGUAUGAAUAUUAUUCCCUUGUUGUAUGGUCAAAUGAGGACCCAUACGUUGCAUAUGUGAUGAUUUUGUUACUUAAGUUGGAAAUAAGUAGGUAAGGGUCGUCACUAGGCGUUAGCGUAAUCAAAAUAAUUAUACCUGGGCCUGACAAAAAGGGCUAGCCCCAACACCCUUGAUAUAAUUAUGUUAAUGUGUAUAGGAAUGGUGGCAAUGACUGAGGGCCUCUAUCCCUAUCGUAAUGAGUUGCGAGUGUUGGAAGGAAGGAGACCCAAAGAGGGUAGCAGAGAGCUACCACCAGAGUUUGCGAAAGUAACUACCCCCUUAGUGGUCAGGGAAUGGAGGACGAGUAUGAGUCAACACCCGGACAAGUGGUAUGCCACCUACAUUGAGAGCGGCCUGCGGGAAGGUUUUAGGAUUGGCUUCCGAUAUGAGGACUGUGUCUGCACCUCAGUAAAAGCUAACAUGCACUCAGCGGUGACGAAUAGUGAGGUUAUUGACAGUUAUCUGGGAAAGGAACUCUCAAUGGGUCGGGUGCUUGGCCCCCUUGACCCACGAGUGGGGGCACAGAUGCAGGUUAGUCGGUUCGGUGUUAUCCCAAAGAACCACCAACCGGGAAAGUGGAGACUAAUUUUAGAUCUGUCACAUCCUGCGGGUGCGAGUGUGAACGAUGGUAUUGAACGGGAACUGUGUUCUUUAAAGUAUACCUCGGUGGACGAAGCAGUUCAAAGGUUUAGUGAAUUGGGAAAGGGGGCGCUGCUUGCAAAAUUGGAUAUUGAGAGUGCAUACAGGCUGAUCCCAGUUCACCCCGACGAUCGUCUGUUGUUGGGUAUGUCGUGGAAAGGGAACCUCUAUGCCGACGCUUCCCUGCCGUUCGGUUUAAGAUCGGCUCCCAAGAUUUUUAACGCCGUAGCAGAUGCUUUAAUGUGGAUUAUGGGCCAGCAGGGGACCCGAGCCAUUCACUAUUUGGACGACUAUUUAUUGUUUGGUGCCCCCAACACCCCUGAAUGCCAGCUGGCGCUUGCUCGGACGCUAGCUACCUGUGAUCGCUUAGGGGUCCCGAUCGCCAAGCACAAAACGGAAGGCCCUGCAUGCCAGUUAACCUUCUUGGGCAUUGAACUUGACACCCAAGCGGGGGUGGUGAGACUACCACCGGAAAAACUGAUGCGUUUACAGAGAGAAAUCCGAGGUUGGUCCGAACGUAAGGCUGGUUCCAAGCGAGAGUUACUCUCUCUGAUUGGUCAGCUGCAACAUGCGUGUUGUGUGGUAAAACCGGGAAGAUCAUUUUUGAGGAGAAUGAUUUCAUUGUCCACGGUAGCCAAAGAACUGCACCAUCGGAUUCGGUUGAACGUGGGUUUCCGAUCGGACCUACAAUGGUGGGCUACCUUCUUACAAUCAUGGAACGGGGUCUCAGUUACAGGCCCACACCCAAGCCAAGCGUGGCAGGCAACCAUAACCUCGGACGCAUCAGGCAACUGGGGUUGUGGAUCCUUCUCUUCGGAGGGCCACUGGUUUCAGCUACAAUGGCCCUCUUCAUGGGCAACAGUUCAUAUAACUGUAAAAGAGCUUCUCCCAAUCAUAGUGAGCAUUGCGUUGUGGGGCAGAUCCUGGCACGGGUCUAGCGUACGUUGCAGAUGUGAUAAUGCGGCAGUGGUGGCCAUAAUUCGAUCAGGCACCUGCAAGGACGAUUUGGCUAUGCAUUUGUUGAGGUGUCUCUUUUUCUUCGUGGCCGCAUUUGACAUUAAACUGUGGAGUGUGCAUAUACCAGGGGUGUGCAACGGGGCAGCCGAUGCCCUUUCGAGAGAUAAUCAUACUUCCUUCCUGGCACAGGUCCCAUCGGCCAGGCGUCAAGCAGAUGUCAUCCCGCCAGAGAUGUUGGAGGUCCUGGUCACCAGACGCCCCGACUGGACGUCGCUAAGUUGGACAGAGCUUCUCAAAAGUAUUUCUCAAAAGGACUAGCUGAUUCCACACAGAGGACCUAUAGUUCGGGCCAGCGGCGCUAUCUGAGAUUCUGCAGAGAGAGUGGAGUCCAAGCAGUUCCUGCCUCGGAGCGCUCGUGUUGCCUCUUUGCGACCUACCUGGCCGAGGAAGGACUC